AUGAAUGAGGUUAAAGGUAGGUUCUUUUCUCUUUUGAUUGACAAGUCUCGUGAUUGUUCUAUAAAAGAGCAAAUGGCAGUGGUUUUGAUAUACGUUGAUGAUGGUGGGGAAGUUAUUGAACGGUUUAUCGGGAUAGUGCAUGUUAUUGACACUUGUGCAUCAUCUUUAAAAAGUGUUAUCGAUAAUUUCUUUGCAAAACAUGGUACAACAAUGUCUAGAGUUAGAGGUCAAGGUUAUGACGGAGCUUCCAAUAUGCGUGGUGAGCUAAAUGGAUUGAAACAAAAAAUCUUACAUGAAGACAAGUAUGCAUUUUAUAUUCAUUAUUUUCCUCACCAGUUGCAGUUAAUCGUUGUAGUUACGUCAUCUGAAUAUGCAUAUCUUCAUGUAAAAGGAAAGAUGCUAUCCGGAAAAAAACAGUAUGAUGAUUUCGUGAAACGUAUAGAAAUGGGUGAAAUUUGUACAGGAAAAGGUAAAAACCAAGAAACGAGCUUAGCUCGAGACGGCGACACUCAUUGGGGUUCUCAUCUUAAGACAAUACAUCGACUUUUAGACAUGUGGAAGCCGGUGAGAGAAGUGCUUAUUGCUUUGUCUAGAGAGGGCCCUGAUGGAAAAACUCGAGGUAAUGCACUUAGUUUGGCUGAAAAAGUGGAAAGUUUUGAAUUUGUAUUUGUUAGUCAUUUGAUGUUAAACUUAUUAAGAAUGACAAACUGA